AUGAUAAUCGCGAUAGAGACCAUGGUUUAUCAGGGAAAAUUGCAGGCCGCCAUUCCUGCACUGCAAUUUGGUUACAACAGGGUUUUCUUUGAUAUCUCUUCGUACCUUCUGUUCUCACAAUUGCGAUAUACAGCCAGAGUACCUCAAAAAAAUGUGGCCUUUGGAAAUGUUGUUCGUGGAUUCGACCAAUUGGGUUGGCUAGCAGUUUUCAUCACUUUAGGUUGUUUCGCCCUUACAUUUCAACUCAUUUUCUGGGUGUACAAGUUCAAGAUUAAAAACAAGUCGUUAUACAACAACCCUGGAAAUCCUGUCGAUUUUUUCUUGUUGACUUUCACCACAUUUGUGGAACCAGAUAAAAUUAACUGGUUUCCAACUUGGUCUGCAGGUAAACUUGCAACUCUCUUUUGGUCAGUCUUUGCCCUCCUUGUUGUGAAUUUCUAUACCUCCAAUCUUCGAACGAACUUGAUCGCCCCCAAUUUAGAGCCGGAGAUUAACAGCCACGAGGACGUUAUUCGAUAUGACAAGACUGUACAUGUUGAUCACCUUCUGUCAUUCCUCCUACGACGAACAGUUUCGCCCGCUUUUGAACAAGUCCUUCAUGGAGUGAAAUGGUAUUAUCCAGUUCAGGCCGAGCUACUGGAAAGCCAUGUUAAAACGGCUGUGUUAGAGGACGGAGACGUUUAUUUGGCCACAGCGGAAAACGUCCUCUACACAUAUUUGUUACAGGACACUUUGGGAUUUCCUAACCUUAGGAUAUCGGACGACAGUUUGGUUAACUUUUACAUGUGUGUUCGGCUGACUAAGUUCUCGCCCUAUACUCCGGAUAUCAACAAGUUAUUCACCAAAUAUCAUGAAUUUGGUUUUUAUAAAAGGUUCUUGAACAAGCCCAUCCCAACAAAAGCUUUACCUUCAUUUGAGUUCACCGCCCAAUACCAAUCAUCAGAGAACUUGAGGAUGAGCUUAGAAAUGCUGUGGACCCCCAUUAUCCUUUUGAUAGCCGGAUCAAUGAUUGGUGGGAUAACAUUUCUCAUUGAGACAAUGAUGGUCAAGUUAUGGAAAAACGUGGAUUGCUCCUCCUCCUGAAUGAAAAACCCUAACCAUUUCAACUUAAUGUUUCUUUUGGUACCAACUUUUCUUGAAGUACUCUUAAGUCAGGUGACACCAGCAAAAACUUUAGGGCAAUCUGCGUUUUUAUGUUCGCAAACAUAUUUUAGUUUGAAUGAGGACCAUAUGUCUUGAGUGGAUCCUUUAAUAAAUAAAUAAAUAAGCCAGGAUCGAAUGUAACUUUACACUCACCAACCUAAUGCAGCGCACACCAGCACGAACACCCUCGUUGAUUCCAUUGAAAUAAGACCCCCUGUUUAUGUCAUUGGCUAGAAUUGGUUUAUAAAACUUUACUAUUUUAUCUGAACAUGAAAGCUAUUGAUAGUAUACGUCCCUUUGGACAACAUCCUAUCCUCUGUUUUGGAAUAUUCUGCUCACACCAUGUAAUGUACAUAAUUUUAAGUCACGGCCAUGUCAUAAACUUUGAAAAUAAAGGAAAAGAUGCUAAAAUAAAUGUAAAAC